AUGGAGUCAGACCCAGCAGUGACGAGUACUGUUUGCGAAGGUCUGUUACACCCAGAGAACAAACGGAACGUUCCUACUGAUAGUCAUAAUACAGUUAGAAAGUCUAAUAUCAUUUCAGACGACGGCCUUACCACCCAAAAGGCACCGUGGAGUGCUUUAAAUGAUGCAGAGACGGCGUCUAGAGUAGGCGAGUCGUCAAGGCGCAACAGCAAAUACGAUGAUAAUAUGCCUGUUCAUUCCGCCUGUUCCGAGUUCGAAAUCCCGGAGAUGGAGUUUGAUGAAUUUGAGUUGGAACUAGCUGCUGAAAAAGAGUUUUCGUCCGAUGAACAGUUGUUUGAAUCUGGUCGUAUGACACCAGAUGGGUUAAUCGACGAAGACUUUGAACGUGAACUUGGAUGCGCAGCUAAGGAGCUCAGUGUUCAAGAUGUAAUUGAUUCUGAUUAUCCAGAUAUUUCUCGGUUGGGUGUAUUACAAGGUGCAGGAGAUGAUAAACUCGGUCGUAAAAUAAUUGUUUUCUCAGCUUGUCGUCUACCAGCAGCUGAUUUAAUUGAUCAUCAACAUCUUCUAAUGUAUAUUACUAAAACAUUGGAACAAUAUGUCAGUAUUGAUUACGUCCUAAUUUACUUCCACUUCGGACUUACUAACAAAAAUCGACCUAAAUUUAAAUGGCUUGUUCAAGCUUAUAGAACGUUUGGGCGCAAUUUUCGUAAAAAUUUGAAAACACUUUACAUUGUACAUCCUACUACUGGUAUAAAAAUUUUAUGGACUCUCUUCAGACCAUUUAUCAGUUCUAAAAUGUCAAAUAAAGUGGUUUAUGCUGAAGCAUUAUCUGAAUUAGAAGAAACCUUAUUCGUUGAUCAAUUGCCAAUACCACAACGUGUUUUAAACUAUGAUAAAUCUAUUAUAAAAAAUCUACCACCAAGAUCUAUUCCAAAAAUUCAAAAAGAUUCUACUGCUCGAGUAUCUACACCUUAUAUACCAUCGCUGCCGGAUGCUGCUUCAGUGUUCUCUGGUGUAUUUGAAGAACAGUGCAAAGAUGUUACUCCAGAUCCUCAACAACAAUUUAAUGUUAGUUUACAAUUCAUCAAAAUGAAUAACGGCGGUCGACCUAUUCCUAUUGUCUUUGAAGAUACCAUCGAUUAUCUACGCGAUCGUGGUUUAACAACUGAAGGAAUCUUCCGUCGAUCUGUCAGUCUGAAACAAUUACGAGAUGUACAGAAUUUAUAUAAUAAUGGUGAAACUGUCGAUCUACGAGAUUAUGAUGAUCCUCAUUUGGCAGCUGUUCUAUUGAAAUCAUUUUUACGUGAACUUACUGAACCAUUAUUAACAUUUGAACUGUAUGAUGAAAUAUUAGGUACAAGUGGUCUGGGUGCCAAAGAAAAAGUUGCAUUAGCUAAAAAACUAAUUCUUAUGAAGUUACCUGACGAUAAUUACGAAAUAUUAAAUUUCCUAAUAAGAUUUUUAACAGAGGUCACUACUUAUUCUCAACAAAAUAAGAUGAAUGCAGCUAAUUUAGCUGUUGUAUUCGGGCCUAGUUUAAUUUGGUCACGGAAUCAAGCUUCAUUGACUGCCAUCGAUGUGAUUAAUGCAUUCACACAAAUACUAAUUACACAUUAUGAGUGUAUUUUCACUAAAUAACCAGAAAUUGAAUUAAUUGUCAUUUAUACAAUGUUCCAAGGACAUUUAUCAAAUAUUUCUGGAAAACAAAAGUAGUCUUCGUGGUUUAAACCUAUUUUGUGUAUUUCUCUUUUUUAAAAUCUCCAAACCCUUGUAAAAUUGUCUUUCCUUUACUGUUGUUUAACCACUUAUUAAUCCUAAUACUACUGUUAUUUGUUUUAAAUAGUAGUCGUGAUAUGUUUGUCAAGUAUGCUUCUUAUUUAUUUAUGUGAAUAUGAAUUUGGUUUGAUUGAUCUUUAUGUGAUUGACUCCAACAUUUUUUCAUGAUACUACAUUACCGUUAAAAUUAUGUGUGUGCAGGCACAUACGUUCACAUAUAACAAACACCCCCCUACAUACUACAAAUUCCUAUAGUUAGUUCAACAGAGAUGAGCUUGUUAAUUUCAAAUAUUUAUCUGUCAUUUAAAACAAUUUUUUGGUUUACUGUUUAAAAACCUUCGUUAUUUUGUCAGUCUUUCUUGUUUUGUUUUUCAGAUCUUUUAUCAAAACAGCUCACUUGAUUUUUACUUUAGUUAUAUUCCUCACUUUUUGUGAAGAUUUGCCAAUUUAGUUAAUUCUUAUAAAACCUUUUUUGUUUUUGGUGUUGUGACGGAGGAAAUCCAUGCCUAAAGUUUACGCAACGGCUGU